GAUGGGAUUUGUAGUCCAGUUCUUGGCUGCAGCGAUUGCUAAGACCUGCUCAUGCGGCUCAUCAAGAGGGAUUAUGGUUGCAGUGGUCCAAGGAAACUUUUAGUUACAGUGUCAGGUAUCAGAAAAAGACUCUAGUGAGGAAAGAACAUUGGAAACAAUUCUGCAACAUUUGCAAUACUUCCCCUUUAACCUAGAAACAUUAACUUCCCUGGGCUCUGCAUCUUUUAGAGUUAGAACUUGCGAAAGGGGUAUUUAUUUAUUUAUUUUGCAAUAUUUUUGAAUGAUCUUCACCCACUUGCAGAGAUGAACUGAGUUCUUGGUUAAUGGGUGAUCAGAGCUUUCACCUCUGGUUUGAGAGGAAGAAAGACCUGCACCUGAAGACUAUUGAAAAUCUGGAGCUGGGAAAGAUCUUUGGAAGCUCUUAAGAGGCUUUGUGUCUCCUUUUCCUGCCUUCUUUGAGAAGAUUUAUCAAUGGCACUGAAACUGAUGCUCUACUCCAAGAUAAAGUCUGGGGAAUGCAUCAAAGUGAAAGGCAAGGUGUCACCCGAGGCCACAAGCUUUGCCAUCAAUGUGGGCUGUGAUGAGACCAACCUGAUCCUUCACUUCAACCCUCGAUUUGACCUCCAUGGAGACACCAGGACCAUUGUGUGUAACUCCAAGAGGGAAGGAGAGUGGGGCGAGGAAGUGCGAGAGUCAGAGUUCCCCUUCCAGCAAGGAGAGGAGACCAAGAUCUGUGUCUCCUUUGAUGCUGAAGAAGUUACUGUAAAGCUGCCUGAAGGACAAGAACUUAAAUUCCCAAACCGUCUAGGGCUGGAGACUGCGGAGUACUUCUCUGUUGCAGGAGACCUUGAUAUUAAAUCUGUCAAAUUUGACUGACCAUUCUUACAUCUUGAAGGAUACCUCGCUUGAGCCAAACAAGAACAUGAUUUGACUCUUUCAAUUUUCUUGAAAAUACAAAUUAGUCCAACUCUC